AGAGGGAAGGAGCUGUGUCUUACUCUCAGAGUUGUAGAUUUAUUUAUGGUCUAUGCUUGAACGAGUUUUCUUUUAUUUUUUUUGGACGCUUUGUCAGUAAAUGAAAAAAACAAACCGCUGUUGGAUCAAUAUUGCCAAAUCAGUUGUGCAGGGGCGUUAUCUCUAUCACUAAAGUCUAUUUUUUUUCUAAGUCAUGCCACGUUUGAGAUUACGCCUGUGAUGGGCUGAGCCACCAUCCUCCUCUUGCUUACACUCAGCGGCUGCUAGACUGCCGCUCAGAGAAAGGGCUGACCGAAAAGUUCCCAAAGUUGCCUUGCCUUCUUUUAUUUUUACGUUUCAGUGACUUCACCAGCAACCCCUCAGUCUGCUGUUCACCAGCCCGCCGCAGCAUGCAGGACUGACGGCCGAAGGGAUGGCAUCGGCUGUGUUUGAAGGGACGUCCCUGGUCAACAUGUUCGUCCGGGACUGCUGGGUUAACGGGAUCCGGAGACUCAUCAUCAGUCAGAGCGGAGAAGAAGAGGAGUUUUUCGAGAUCCGGACUGAGUGGUCUGACAGGAACAUUUUAUACUUGCAUCGGAGUUACUCUGAUCUGGGGCGGCUGUUUAAAAGACUGGUGGAGUCCUUUCCGGAGGACAGAAGAGAUCUGUCCAAAUCUCCACUGAUAGAAGGGCUGGUGAAAAUCAAAGAGGCAACUGACAUUGAGGAGAAGUUAAAUGAAGUGGAAAGGCUACUGAAGAAUGCAAUUAACAUGCCAUGCAAGUAUUCCAGGUCAGAGGUGAUGCUGACUUUCUUUGAGCGGUCUCCCCUGGACCAGGUGUUAAGGGACGACAACGUCCACAGAAUCCAACCAUGUUUUCAGAGUCCAAUCAAGAUCUCAGAAAUCAUGCGGUCCAAUGGAUUCUGUCUGGCUAAUACAGAAACCAUCGUGUUCGAUCACAGUAUACCCGAAGAAAAAGAGAGACCUUCAUCGACUGAUUCUGUAGAACAUCCGUAUGAAGAUGGAACAGAGUUCUUGCCAUUGGAAACAGAUGUCUGUGAUGAAGAAACAGAAGCAUAUGUCACCAACCUGUCCUACUACCAUCUGGUCCCGUUUGAAACCGACAUCCUGGAGUGAGCACUUAUCUACCAGAUGCUUGUCGAUGAUGGCUUGUCAUGCUGACAAUGAGUGAUAUGUACUCGUCAGUGGAAUUAAACUAUGCAAUGCUGCGCACAGUGUAGCUGCUGCUUAUUCCAGCAACUUUAAGGACUUUUUAAAUAACUGUUGGUCAUUUUGGAGUCUGCUGGGUGUACAGAAAUUUUAGAAGAGGGCAACAGCAGCAUGCCUUUGUUUUCAUCCACCGAUGUGCCUCUUCCAGAGCCUUACUUUGCUUGUCUUCAGAGUGAUUUCAAAAGGCUUUCAGGUGAUGUACCUGUGGCAGCCACACUAUAUAGGUCCUCAGUCCUCAGUGACAUUUUGAACGUGCUGUUUGGCCGCUUUGUUGAUUUUACCAGCUCUAUUUCUUUUAUAUCAAGUUGUUUUCAUCUUGUUUCAUUUAUUCUCUUACGGACCGAAAAGAUUUGUGAUGCAUCUAUAACAUCAACUGACUUCUCUGGUUCCUGAAGUAUUGUCACUCUGGAUUUUUAUUCCUGUGGGAAUAUAGAAGAAAAAAAAAAAAAACUGUUGUGAAGAUUUUUUGUUUGAUUUUUGCUUAUGGUGCAGUUUCCACUAGCAAGCUACUAAGCAAGUUUUGGUUUUUGUUAAAGCUUAAAACUCAUAGCAUAAGUCUUAUUUUGUUGCUCUGACAAUGCAGCAGCAGGUUAUUAGGUGUGAUAGUACGCUGAAAGCCUGAAACUAGUGCACAUGUGUUCUGAUAACAGGCAACUGUGGAAUUUAGCUUCUUUUAGAGAUGGUCCCUGUGACAAAUUGCUACAAAUUGCUAAAUUAAAGGGGCUCCAGUGUGUGUAGUAGGCUUGUAGUCCUUUUUGACCACUCAAAGCACACAGCAGUAGACAA